CUCCUCUGCUUACCAUAGGGUCACACUGACCUGCAAUGGAAAAUGGUUCAGUUUUAGUUCUUGAUCAUGAUCCGGUAUCUCUGUUGGCCAUCUCCGACACACUUGCGAAAUUCAACCUCAAAGUUCUGUGCUUCCAAACAGCAGAAGAAGCCCUCGGUUCCCUCGAAAGGGGGGUUAUUAAAGGUGAGGAGCUUGAUUUGGUGGUAGCGGACGUUCGUACUGCCAAUACAGAGAAUGAAACUUUGGCGGUGUUUCACCACAUCCUGGAUGCACUCGGAGUGCUUUUCGUCACAAUGUGUGGUUAUGAUGAUGUAGAGGCAGUCUCUGAACGUAUGACCCUACGAUCAUGCUUCAAUGUGCUUAAACCAUUUGGCACUGAAACCCUCAACAUUCUGAUGCGCAAAGCACUGCAACACAAAUCUAGAAGGGUGCUACCUGAGGGAUCAAGCAUUCCAAAGAAAACCCAAGGUAGAAUGGACUCAUCAUCUGCUAAAAAUCACGGGUCUAAAACUGAUGAUAAAGAAUCAUAUGUGCUCAAAGCACAUAGCUCAAAGAAGCUGUGUCGGUUCACAUGGAGCAGUCAGCUCCAUGAGAAGUUCCUGCGGGCAGUUGAAGUGCUUGGGGAGUUUGCUACGCCUACAAAUAUUCGUCGGCACAUGAAUGUCGAGAAUUUGAAUUUGACCUUGGAGCACAUAGCAAGCCAUCUCCAGAAACAUCGGCUGAAAGAGCAGAAGGCGAAGCAAAAAAAGGAGGAAUCUAAAAAACAUGCCAGCAUGAAAAAAUUAUCUGACCUGAUUAUAUCAUCUCACAAGGAAGCCACUCCUGAACCCAUUGAUCAUCUGACGAGCACACAGAGGCAGAUCACACAUGAGGUUGCCUCUGCUACCUGUGAUAAGUACACUGGAAAUCCGUGGGCACAAGGGGAGGAACGUUCACCCGAUGAAGAAGUUUUAGAGACUAACGUGCACACAGCUGCAGUUUCUGAACGCCCUUCCAUAUCCGUGUGGGAUAAAUACGAGGAGAGCCUGCAGUGCUUUGGUGAAAGCCGGCCGAAAAGGAUUUCAUUGACGUACCAACCGAUGUUGCUGCCUGUGAAGAGUAAAGCUGUUGACGGAUAUGGAGGCAUUGCAUAUGUAUCACCAACUAUUGCUGGUGAAACAGGUUAUGGUGCACCAGCAAGCGUACCCCUGGAGAGCUCUGGCCCGUACAGCAUGAUAACAAGCCUGUUUCAGCAACCGAAAGACACCAGCAAUACUGACGCUGCAGGCAACAAUGUCAACCUGGUGGGCGUUAACCUGCAGGGUUGUUGUUAUACCAUGAACCAGGUUCACACCGCGGCUAAUCUGCAGAAAGAUACCAUUAACCAGGUGUGCCCUGCAGUUGCUCCUCUCGGAAAUACCAUGAAUGGUCCGUACGCUGCAGCCAUGGUCAUUGAUGGUCCGGUGGAUCUAGGGAUCAAUGGCCUGCUUGAUGGUACAGGCAGUUCCCGCUCCACUGCAGAGAAGAUGGCGUGGGAUUCAUUCUGCAGCUGGAAAGAAGCGGAGGCAUUUCUGAUGAACCAGCUGGAAGGAGAGGAGCUGGAAGGCAUUGGACCAGACGUUCAGCUCCAGGUAGACGAUGCUUCGAAGCAGAUGCUUCAGCCGAUGAACAUAGACGACAAUGCUCCCGUGGCUCAAACAAAUGAUGUGCCUGCUGUUCAAGAACCUGCCACUGGUGGUGCUCUGGCGUAUGAUCCUGAGUUUAGCAUUGAUGAUGUGCAGCCCUGGAGCCCUUUUAGCAUUGAUGAUGUGCAGCCCUGGAGCCCUCAGUUUGCAGGUGACGACUAUGGCAUGCCGUUCUAGGGCAGGACAGGUGACAGAAUACCUGAAAGUUGUAUAAGAACUAAUGAAUACUAGUAAUAAUGGUCACUGGUGAGAAAACCCCGGAUGAAAUAAGAGAGAGCUGCAGAUAACUGAGCUCAGGCAAAACAUAUGUUGUUGUAUGCAGACAUAUCCAGUGCUUCGUGACACUGGUUAAACAUAUUUACUUGGCUGUUUUGUUUCCAAUGUUUAUUCUUAUGCAUUAUGACC